AAGGAGAAGAAGAAGGAGGAGGAAGAAAACGAAGUUGCAGGUGGCGUCCUCUCUCCGCCUCGACGACGACGACGACAAUUUCUCCCUCUUUCUCUCUCUAUCUCUACAAUCCUUAUUACCUCCGUUCCCAAUUUCUCCAUCAAAACUCAAAGAAGAAAAGGAAGGAGAAGAAGGAAGGAGGGGGGGGAGGAGAAGUUCAAUUCAAUUCGAUAACCUCCUUCGAAUUGCGUCGCUUCUCUUCUCUCUUUUCUCUCUAUCUCUAGCGUCCACGACAAUGCCAGUGCGAUUGCCGUCGCUCGCCGCCCGGAACCGAGGCCGCUCUCUCCGCCCCCGCCCCCGCCGUCGAUCCUGCUAGUUUCCGGCGAGGGACAUCGCCUUAUUCCCCUCCCUCCCUUCCUUCCUCCGUCGCGCCGCCGAUAAAUGUGGCGAUGUACUCGAGCAACUUGACAGGAUUCGUGCUGGCCGUCGCGUCCAGCGCCUUCAUCGGCUCCAGCUUCAUCAUCAAGAAGAAGGGCCUCCAGAAGGCCGGCGCCAGUGGCGCCCGCGCCAGUGGCGGCGGAUAUGCUUACCUGUUGGAGCCGCUGUGGUGGGUGGGCAUGGUUACGAUGAUCGUUGGCGAAAUAUCGAAUUUUGUAGCUUACGUUUACGCCCCUGCUGUGCUCGUGACGCCACUGGGCGCAUUAAGUAUCAUUGUGAGUGCUAUCCUGGCGCAUUUCAUGUUGAACGAGAAAAUUCAGAGGAUGGGGAUGUUGGGGUGCCUUUUGUGCAUCGUGGGCUCCACAAUAAUAGUUCUUCACGCUCCCGAAGAGCGUUCGAUUACUUCUGUUGAGGAAAUAUGGGAAUUAGCAAUUCAACCAGCAUUUCUUUUGUAUACAGCGUCAGUAGUAGCAGUAGCAUUGACGCUGAUCUUUUAUUGUGCUCCUCGCUAUGGCCAAACAAAUAUAAUGGUUUACAUUGGAAUUUGCUCUAUUAUUGGGUCCUUGACGGUUGUAAGUAUAAAGGCAAUUGGCAUUGCAAUCAAGCUCACAUUGGAGGGAACGAACCAAGCUGUAUAUUUCCAGACGUGGAUUUUUGCAAUGGUCGCAGUUACCUGUAUUAUCACCCAGUUAAAUUAUCUAAACAUGGCAUUGGAUAUAUUCAACACUGCUGUCGUUUCGCCUAUCUAUUAUGCCAUGUUUACAUCUUUUACAAUAUUAGCCAGUGCAAUUAUGUUCCAGGAUUAUUCUGGUCAAAGUGCAAGCAGCAUAGCAUCGGAACUUUGUGGAUUCAUCACCGUGUUAUCUGGAACUGCUGUAUUGCAUAGUACAAGAGAAUCGGAUCCUCCUCCAAUUACAGAUUUAUAUACACCACUAUCACCAAAAGUGUCGUGGUACAUCCCGAGCAAUGGGGAAGUGUGGAAACAGAAGGAUGAAGACGGAUCAUUUCCUAGUUUUGUCACAAUUUUGCGUCCGGACUAUUUCAAAUAAGUCGUGUGCGAUUCCAGGUGACAUAUUUUCAAAGAUGUUGCCGAAUCUCACCGAUGUAGUGUAAAGAUGGGAAUUUGUUUGUGCGAGCAAACCAGAUCGUGGGAAACUUGCGGUCUAGCAAUUUCUAGAAUUUGAAUCACCUGCGUAGCCGAUCUGUAUGCUCGGGUGUGAUGGUGUUAGGAGGCCCAUUUCCCGUAGUUUUAAGUUUUAUUCAAUACCUAUACCUGGGCUUCUCAAAAUUUUGGGUCCAUGUCGUAACUUAUGUAACUGGAAAUAUGGUGUACAUGGCUUUGAUUUUUGAGGCGAGCUAACCCAUGUAAUUUAAUUUAUUUGAUAUCGAACGGUACAUGUACAGUCAUGUACUCAAUUCUUUUUCUAGUGAGAUGCAGCUUCUGCAAUUCUUCAGUCCCUUGCAUAGGUACUUGAAAAAACACUCUGAUGCAGGUUCUUUUGUACAUGACUCUGUGACACAGUUGAUCAGAAGAGAGAAAUUCUACCAAGUAGGAGAUGCUUUUGUUCGUUUA